GUUGUGCUCACGGACUUCUAAAAAUAGUACUUCACCAAAAUGUCAAAUGUUUUGAGAAAUAGAUUUCACCCAGUAUAUCUGAUCUUGUACAACUGUCUUCAAGCCUGCUUGAUAUGCAAGCGUGAUAAAAAUCGACAACACAGGAACAUCCUCCUUUGAGAGACAUAAAUACACAGACCACAGUUAUGCAUCGCUUUAUUCCGUCCUCCAAUGUGAUAUGAACUUCACACAGCUGACUGAUUACAUUCUAAGGAAAUAAGGAAGACGGCUGAAAAGGGGAAGAGGCAAAUUUAUAAAGUCCUUCUUAUUCAGUCACCCGACCCACAGCUAUAUUUAAUAGAAGCACCUAAACAUAAUCUCUUAUUUUGAUUGUCUUUCCAAAAUUUUCCACCAAAUUGAUUUGUCUGAUUUGAUUAGACUAAAGUUAAUGACACAAUUUGAAGAUUUAAUUUGUCAAAAUAAUAUCAGAGUAUAACAAAAACUUCACCAUGACCAUUUUAAACCCCACAACACCGAUCCCUAGUGGUGGAGGCAGUGGCAGCAGCAGCUGCCCACCAGUCGAUUUUCAACUGGGGGGUGUGACUCUGUUACCAGUCCUCACUGUCAUACUAGGGCUGCUGGGAAACAUAGUUGCUCUGUGGAUCUUUUGCUUUAAACUGAAGGCCUGGAACCCCAACAACCUGUUCCUCUUCAACCUGGUUAUCGCCGACUUCCUGAUUCUCAUGAGUCUUCCUCUCAGGAUCGAUGACUUUCUCAGGGGCCACUGGGUGUUUGGUGAUGGCUUGUGCAGGAUCGACCUCUUCCUGAUGUAUUCCAACCGCUCAGCCAGCAUGGCACUCAUGACCGUGGUGGCAAUUUACCGCUACUUUAAGGUGGUCCAUCCUCACCACUGGUUCAACCGUAUGACCAAGAGACAGGCUGCAUACGUGUUAGUGUUUGUCUGGCUGUUGGCCAUCAGUCUUUCGGUUCCCAUACUGGCUAACAACCACAUCAAAGACAGUGCCAACAGCACCCGGUGCAUAUUCUUCACUUCUACUUCACUCACCAAUCUGGUCACCAUGCACCGCAUCCUGGCAGUGCUGGAGUUCAUCAUCCCGAUGGCCAUGCUGCUGUUCUGCUCCAUCCGGAUUUCCAGCUUCCUGAGGGAGCGGCAGAUGGGGAAACCUGAAAAGGUGCGCAAGGCGAUGAGGGUGUGCAACGCCAUCGUCGUUGUGUUCAUGGUGUGCUUCUUACCGACCACGGUGACGACCAUCGGGUUGUGGGUCAUCUGCUCGUAUCACUCCCUUGACUGCACCACCCUCUACACGUUCAUCCGGCUCACCAUUGUGUCUUUGGGGCUGAACUUCCUAAACUCGGCUCUGGACCCGAUCUUGUACAUCUUCUCCAGCUCCAUGUUCAAGAAGGCGCUCUGCAGCUCGCUUCCCCGUUUCCUGCGCUGUGGUCAGGACGCAGGCGACGCAGAGAAGACUGCAAAGUCAGUCGACUACCCAGCAGGAACUGAAAUCCAUGAGGGCUGACAGAGGGAAUGAAGCCAUGUAAUAAGCUUUUCUUCUAUGACUAUGACUGGAUCAUGCAGCACUCUGAAAAAUCCUGUUUUAAUGUCUUUGAUUUUUGUAGUAUUUUGCACUGAAUUGUCUGCUUGUUUUCAUCCUGUAGAUCCUGUGGGCUGCCACUGCUUCAGCAUUUUGAGCAUAGCCCCUCAUAUUUUUGCUCCUUAAAACUGGUAUUUUAAUGUAACAGCAGAAUUUAAUGUGGAGUGUCGGAGGGAGGGGGAGAAAUAUGGUGCUGCACAUAACAAGACGCAUACAGGCCAUGGAUGUAUUUUAAGAUCAAUAAAAUUAUUUUUAAGUAAGUGGAGCAGUUUCUGCAGCUGUCACUAGUGUUUAUAACCAUAAGUGUGUCUUUAAAUUGAGAGCGAUGUGCGCACCAGAUUGGUCAGGAUCUGUCAAUAAACGGCCUCAACUUUA